CCCGCUUGUUCGCCCUUCGCCUAAUCCCCGUCUUGAUUUGGCCCUGAGCCGCCGCUGCUUGAUAUCAUGUGAUUGAUGACUCAUCGCCGCCUGGCCGGAACAUCGCCAUCUUUAAACCGUAUAAAUAGAAAACCAGCUAUACAAAAACAGAGUCGGCUCAGUUAAAUAUUAUCCCUAAUAAAAUCACUCAGCAUGCCUCUCCGUAUCAAUCCCUCGUUUUCUCAGGCGCUUUUUCGCAGAAAUAUAACUACAACCGACGCGCGCUUGAAUACUGGCAUGCCGCCGCACCCACCACCCCAACAACCACCGAGCGCUUACAAGGAAGGGAUGUCGCGGUACAAACACUUCUUCAGCCCCUUCGCAAAGGUCUUCCUGGGCGCUGUGUUCACCUACCAGGUUCUCUAUUGGACCUGGGUGAAGCUGGAGAUGGAAGAGGUAAAGGCUGAUAAAAACAAACAACUCGCGGCCUUGGAGAAGGAGGCAAGGGAGUUAACAGGAGUAAAGAAAUAG